CAGCCGUGUGUUGUGAAUAGACAGCGGCAUUUAGCUGAUCAUCGGGCUGUAGCCGAGUUUAAGCCUUGUCGAUUUUGUGAAGCAUCGCAUAUUCCAUUACAUUCCUCGGUUUUAUUUUACUUGUAAAUAUCCGCUCAGUCAUUAUUUUUCUCUGUGAAGUGUAGAUCAGGUCUCCCGAGUUUCCACACUAACAUCGCCCGUCUACAUCAAACGCAAACCAACCAAGGUUAUACAUAUGCAAAUUGCUGGUUAGAAACUUUGUCUGGGCGAAACGAACGCGGCCAGACAGAUCCAGUUGUCGGAGCAGCAAACACACCCAAAAUCUCGCGGGCAACGCCAAGUGCACGUGUUCCCAGGUGUUGAUUCCCACGCACCCGCACCGCCGCCGUACGACCAGUUGGGCCCCGGGCGGCGGCAGCGAGCGGCGGCCCCGACCGGCCUGCCGGGACACGCCUCCCCUCACUCUCGCUGCGGCCUUCGUGAGGCGCCGCCGCUCUGUGCGUCCCCGAGGCUGUGCGCGACUGGACUAACGCUGACGUGCUCGUCGAGAGGUGGUCGUGUGUGUGUCGGGACGGAAUUACGCAGAGAACAUUUUCCCGCCUCGACUAUUAGUCUCUUAAUCAGAAAGAACAGUUCCGAAAUAUUUCCGGGCGCUGAAAACCGCCUUCUGUGAGAGGAGAGCCAGCAAGGGUCGGCGGAGGAUGGAAACAUACUGGAGUGCGAGAGUUGUCGCGCCGACGAUGCAGGAGUGCAGGCCGUGCCAUGUCUGCCUCCCGAACUGAGCAUGUGAUGGUGUUCAAUAAGUGGAGGAUUCCGAUGUUCCCCUGGGACGGCGCCCACGACGAAGUCAUGGUGUCCAUAGGUCUGAGAGCGGAGAUGCCCAAGCUGGGGGAGACCAGCGCCGGGAACACCAGCAGCGGCACCGGCGGCUCCAGCAGCACCGCCAGCAGCGCCAACGCCAACGCCACUUCAGGUAACAGUGGGAACAGAGACAACCCACCCAGUGAAGCCUCGAGAAUCCCUGGGCCACACACAUACUCCCCAGUUCCUCCCCAGAAGGCUUACGCCAACGGGUCCUACUCGCCUCACAGCACAGUCAACGGGACGCCCACGCCCUCGCCGCCAGCGCUGUCUUCGCCCCCCACGCAUGCCCUCGACGCCUCCGCUGCGGCAGGAGCGGGCGCAAGGGACACGCACCGCCAGAUCUCCAAGGUCCGGCGGUUCCUGACGACGCUGCACCAGUUCGCGGCCGACAUCUCGCCGGAGGUGGGCGACCGCGUGCGCCACCUCGUGCUGGGACUGCUGAGCGGCGGAGUCAGCGUCGAGGAGUUCCACGGAGGCCUGCAGGAAGUCACGCAUUUCCCUCUACGCCCGUUUGUGCUGCCGUUCCUGCGCUCGCACCUGCCCCUCCUGCAGCGCGAGCUCCAGAGCCUGGCUCGGCGGGCGUCCAUGCCCGUGUCGCAGUACGUGGCCGUGCACGAGGCGGCGCUGCUGGAGGCGGCGGCGGGGGAGCCCACCGACUUCUUCUCCUCGGAGGUCACCAGCGGCAAACGGCGCCAUGAAGGGUACUUCGAAAACGGCGACAGCGGCGGCGGCAGCGGCGGCAGCGUGUCCCCGCCGCCCGCCAAGCGCCUGGGGAUCUUCUCGCCGCCGUACCCCAGCGUCGGCAUCAGCCCCGACCUGCCCGCGCACGCCAGGGACUACCGCACGCCCGCGCCGCCGCCGGACGACGAGUGGAAGAACAUCCAUGUGAUGCUGACCUGCAUUCUGAGCAUGGUUGAGAAGACGCGGCGAGCGCUGACGAUGCUGCAGCAGAAGGAGGACCGCGACGGGGCCGGCGGGGCGCAGAGAAUGACGGCCGUCGGGGCCACGGACCUCCGUCAGAGGGCCGACUACGACGCCGAAGUGCGGCGCCACGCGGCGGAGCUGGUGGCGCAGUCCAUCCGCACGACGGAGGAGCGCGUGUCCGAGGUCAAGCGGAAGGCAGAGGAGGCCGUGUCCGAGGUGCGGCGCGCGGCAGUGGCGGAGGUGCAGCGGGCGGUGGGCGCGGCGGAGGCUCGGGCGCAGGAGCUGGUGGCGGCAGAGAGGGCCAAGGUGGAGGCCCUGCUGAGAGAGGUUGGGCGGCGCGACCCCUCGGAGCCUCGCACGGAACCCCAGCAGGCGUGCUGGAACUGCGGCAGGAAGGCCCAUGAGACCUGCAGUGGGUGCAACGUGGCCAGAUACUGUGGCCCCUUCUGCCAGCACAAGGACUGGGACUCGCACCACAAGGUCUGCUCGCCCGCGCUAGCCUCGACGUCAACCUCGUCCUCAAUAUCUUCGUCGUCGACAUCGUCCUCCACCGCCAUCAUCGCAGCCCUUGCUUCGAAAAACAAGUUCAGCAAAGGCGCGGAGGCGGCGAAGACCGAGUGACGUCUGGCCGAGUCUUCACUGAGGAGGAGAUUUCGAAGAAAAACGAGGAUUUUUUAAAUUCUUGUCAAAGACUCAUGAGGAAAUGUGCGGUCGAAACGUCACUUUCAGAAAUUUUAGUGUCGCAUAUCAAACGUGUCAAGUUCAUAUUUUCACAGAGGUUAGUAAGUUUCAUGAUAAUUCAUUGUGAUGUUUCAGUGUUUACUUUCUAAAGGCUGUCAGGAUAUUGGCUAUGAACUGUAAGACAGAUAUAGCUGUAAAAGAGGCAAAUGAGCAGAUAUAAGUCACCUGCAGUGUUAAAAGAGGAUCUUACAACCUUUUGGAAGCUUCAUAGGGAAGAAUAAAGAGCUUUAACUUUCUUAUGGUGACAUUUGCAACAUUUAUGGAAACUGGUGAAGAUAAAGCUUAAUCAUAACAGACCCUCAGAGUACAGCCUUCAGAUAACGAGCUGUCGUGUGUGCCACUGAUAAGCGAUGUGCAACGUGCAAAGUGCUGCUGAUCUGGAGAGGAAUUUCGUUGAAUUUAUUUAUUUUGGUAACCAUAUAAACAAUACGCAUGAAACUGCAUUAUCGCAAAUUUUCAAGUGCAUAUUGCAGAUAUAAAUGCUGUGUGAAACCAUACAGGACUGGAAUACUAUGGGUUACACCAGUGUUACCAUAGCUGUGCAUUACUCGAUGGAACGCGUUUUGUCAGAUGACUAGAUGAUUUUAAAACAAUUUGGACUUUCAUUUGGUCUUGUAAUUGACCUUUCAGGCGAAUGUGCAUGUAACCUUUUUUUUAAGGUUGCUGUCACUGGACUUCGUAGAUUGUUUUAAAAGAAAGGCAGUCAUCUUUAGAGAAUAAAGAUUUGUGUGAAAUCUAAACAGACGUGGCAGCAGGGCAGAAAUCCUGUUUCCCAAAUUAUCAGACAGAUAGUCUUACCUUUGAAGUAAGAACCAUGAGUGUGAUCGAGUUACUUGUAAAUACUUACACUUUAAAAUCAGUACAAAUGUUGAGCCAGAGGACAGAAGUGUCAUUUAUGAACUUGUGUUAUUACCCUGUGAACCAAAGACUGUAGAGAUAGACAAGUUAUAUUAGACCUGCUGGUGGGAUGUUCUUGGCGAGAGAUUUCCCAGUGAGUUCUGUACAUUCUAGCUGGCAAUAAGGAUUUCAGUGCAUGGUAGCAUAACUUCACUAGCAUAAUUUUUAUGUGUCUAGUCAAAAUGUAAAUGAAUGUUCAUGACAAAGCCUAGAUUUUCAGUGUUUGGAAGCUUUGAAAACCAUCAUACUCUUUUGAUAUCCAAAAGUCAGUUAUUCCAAUCCUAUGAGUCCAUGAUAAAGAAAUAAAAACUUACUGAAAUAGCCUAUUUAUUACACUUUUGUAAGAUGUACUAAAAUUAUUUCUGAAGCUGUUUUUAUACAAAAAGUCAACUACAGAUAUAUUAACACUUAAGAUACAAACUAUAAUAAGAUUUCAGUAAGUUUGCCUCGGGUCCUUCUUAACGCCAAAGCCACCCCAUCUGCUGAUGCGCUCAGCUGUGGUCCAUUCAGAUGCCAGUGCUAAAACACCUCACCAGUGCAGUGAACAGCAUUUGUGUAGAUUGCCUUAAAUCGCAUUUGUGUGCUACUUUGCAAAUGGGUUUAAGCUAGACAAACUGUUGGUACAAGACAUGACUGCAUGUACAUCACUUUGUAAUUGGCCAGUAAACAACUGUUACAUUUUCAUUUUAGUGUUAUAUUAUGCUCCAUUUGCUUUACUAUUAGCAGUGACUAAGUUGAAAUUAUUUUCAAGUGGUUAUGUAACGCAUUGUUAAAGAUUAUAUAUAGAGACUGUUUAUUAUUUAUUAACUUGCCAGCAGAUUUAUUGUGUUGAAUACAUCUGUGGAACAUUCUGCAUCACUAGAUCUUGCAGUUGUACUGAAGGAGUCCACCAAAGCUUUGAAGACUUCAAGAAUGUAAAUUUAAUGUCUAUAAAUUUCCACAAUCCACUGUCUCCAGAACACAUAUAUCUGUUAAAUCAUGUGUAUUGUAUACCAGUGUCCUACUUGUUUUGUAAAUAUAUCAUGUUUUAUCAUAAA